GAUAGGGUUCGUGAAAAUGAGCAUCACAAAAAGAAGAUAAUCUAUAAAUUGAAGAGAACCAAAAAGCUGAAAUCUCUGCUGGUUCGGAGUAUAAUAACCUGGUUGACAUCAUGGGAAAUAAACCUGGCAUUUUGUAGAAACCCUUACCACUCGAAGGAAUUCGGCGCUCCAGACAAUUCAUUUUUUCCCCGAUCAGCACUUUUGCAGAGAUUUGAUCGACAGUACUUGAUUGGAGGAAAGUUUCUCAUUCAGGUGAUCGGAGUAGCUACCGAACGGCGAGGGUUAGUGAAUGCUCACGUCACUAUUACCACUUCUUUGAUGGUCUUCACUGAUAUGAUCGCAAUCGGCAUUGUGUUCAUUAUGGCUAUAGGUAAUCGAAACGACUUCACAAAUUCUCUACCAAGCCAUUUCGUCAACGAAAAGAAAUUCUAUGACGCUAUGGGCCCAUUUUGGAUGUAUCUGGGAGCCUUCUCAUUACAUAUCACGGUGGCAUUCAAUAUGUGCUGUUUACAACCCUACACAGUUCUACAGAAUUCAAAAUCAAAGAGCACCGCGAUAGGGAAAGUGGAGGAACGUACUGAAAAAGCUGCUGAACUUGAAGAAACCAAGAAAAAAUCCAAAGAUCAAUGA